AUGGCCAGUUUUGUUGAAUACGAUAAUAAAGGUGCUCCAAAUGUGCCCUUUUAUUCAUUGAAACAGCCUGUUCCCGCUGGAACUCCCGUUGAAACUGAUAAACCUUUGCCAAAACUAUUUACUCCUUUAAAGAUUAAAAAAUUGCUUCUUAAAAACAGAGUUGGGUUAUCUCCAAUGGUUCAAUAUGGUGCCGAUUCAAAUGGUAUUGCUGGCCCAUAUUAUUUGAUUCACUACGGUGCAGUUGCUCUUAGAGGUGCUGGUUUGUUGAUGACUGGUGCAGCCGGUGUUUCUCCUGAAGGAAGAAUUUCUCCAAACGAUUUAGGUAUUUGGAAUGAUGAGCAAGCAUUAGCUCUUAAAAGCAUUGUUGAUUUUAUUCAUACUCAAGAUCAAUAUAUUGGUAUUCAACUUGCUCAUGCUGGAAGAAAAGGAAGUGCUGUUCCACUUUAUGUAAGCUUAACUAAAUUAGCUUUAGAUGAAAAUGGUGGGUUUGUUGAUAAAUUAGUUGCACCAUCUGCUCUUCCUUUCAAUGAUCAAUCACCAACUCCAAAUGAAUUGUCAGUAGAACAAAUCAAAGAUCUUGUUAAAGAUUUUGGUAAAGCCGCUAAGAGAUCCACUGAAAUUUCUGGAUUUGAUUUUGUUGAAAUUCAUGCUGCUCAUGGAUAUUUGAUUCAUAAUUUUCUUUCAAAAAUUUCAAACCAAAGAAUUGAUUCAUAUGGUGGUUCUUUUGAAAAUAGAAUCAGAUUUUUGUUGGAAAUUAUUGAAGAAGUGAAAAAAAAUAUUGAUUUUGAAAAUAUUCCAAUUUUUGUAAGAAUUUCAUCUACUGAUAAUACACCACACAAUCCUGAUGGAUGGAAAAUUGAAGAUUCUAUCAAAUUAUCCAAUUAUUUUAUUGAUGCUGGUGUUGACUUAAUUGACGUUUCCUCUGGUGGGAACACUUCUAAUCAAGUGAAAAGAGGCAGUAAUCAAGGUUUUCAUGCUCCAAAUAGUAAAGCUAUUAAAGAUAGUGUUGGUGAUAAGAUUUUGGUUUCUUGUGUUGGUGGUAUCAAGGAAGGUGCUUUUGCGAACAAGAUUUUAGAAGACAAUGUUUGUGAUAUCACUUUUGUUGGCAGAGCCUUUUUGAAAAAUCCAGGACUUGUCUGGCAAUGGGGUGAUGAAUUGGGUGUUAGAUUGCAUCACACAAAACAAUUGGAAUGGCCAUUUUAUCCCCCACACCGUCAAUCUUUAAGUCAAUUAAUUUAG